AUGGACGAUACAGAAGGCGCUGCAGCAGCGCAUAUAUCGCGUAUAUCGGCCUCAGAAUCGCCUAUAUUUAAGGAUACCGUCUUUUUUCUCGAGAAAAAUACCCCCAAUGCACUGGAUUUUGCCACUCUUCUUGAAACACACGGUGCCAGACGUGCAGUGCUGCCAGCAGACUGGCCGUCUUUAACACACGUUAUUGCAGCAGAUUUAAGCGGAGAAACCGCAUACAAUGCAUAUAAAAGAGGAAUCCCCGUUGUAAAUACAGACUGGAUAAAGGCGUCUAUUCGGCGACGGCACCAGCAAAAGUAUUUUAUAAGUGUUGAUGGAGCAUGUUUGACAGAGAUUGUGUGUAGUAUUAAGUAUUUUUCAGCAGAUCCACGGCACUUUUUAACAGGAAUUGUUAUAAUGUGUGUAGAAUUGCCGUGUGGAGACAGAGAAGCAAUAUAUGAGGGGGUUUUGGCGCUGGGAGGACAAUGUGCAAAGGUACUAUCGAAGAAUGUGACACAUAUUAUCACGUUGCAUGUAAACCAUGAAAUAUGUAAGCAAGCGAUGAAGAGGCCGGACCUUGGGAUUAAAAUUAUUUUGCCACAGUGGUUGGGGUAUGAUGAUUGCUUGAAAGAGGGGCGGAGAGUUGAAGAAACACCGUAUUUGUUCCCUAAUCCGUCAAUUCUUGAAGUGGAUGCUACGAGUGGGGGUUCAAAUGCGUUGUUAUAUCAAGAUACAAGGGAUAAUGGGAAAGAGAGUUUGAGGAAUCCUUUAAAGGGGGUGAAACAGAUACUCAAGUCCAAAAAGGUACUGUUUUCGAAUGAUUUGAAGAUUGGACAGCGGCUUCGACGGACGUUGGAAGUUAUUGCGGUGAAUUUUGGAGCAACUAUUGUGUCGACGGUGGAAGAGGCGAAUGUUUUCAUAGGCAUGUACCGGGAAGGAGAAUAUAUUGAAGCAGUAUCACGGGGAAUCGUUAUUGGUAAUUUGACGUGGUUUUAUUGGAUGCUUGUGUAUAGAACAUGGAUUAAACCGGAGAAAAAUUUACUGCACUAUCCUAUAGUAAGGGGGGGUCUUCCGGAAAUGCGAGAAAUGAUUAUUACGAUUUCGAAUUAUCAGGGAGAGUCUCGGCAGUAUCUUGAAAAGCUAAUUGAAGCAUUGGGAGCUACUUUUACGAAAAAUAUGAAACCUAGCAAUACACAUUUAAUCAUUCCAUGUAAAUCUGGGCAAAAAUAUAUGGCAGCAUUGGAAUGGAAUAUUCGUAUAGUGAAUCAUCUUUGGAUCGAAGAAACAUAUGCGAAAUGGAAGCUUCAAAGUAUUACGACUCCUCGUUAUAUUUAUUUUUCUCCGCAAACGAAUCUCAUGGAGAUGGUUGGAAACACGCCUAUAGAUAUGGAUACGAUAAAGUUUUUUUACCAAAAGAAUUGUGAUUCCACCAGUGUUAAAAAAUCGCCUCUUAAGGAAUCAAACUUAUUGGACUAUUCGGCUAAUUUAUCAGACAAUGAUAAAGUAUCACAAGAUUCUCCUUCGAUUUCGUUAAAUAUGAACUCGGCGUCAAGAGAUUUUGCUUCUUUGCAUAUUAACAAUGAUAGUCGACUUUUAACGCCUGAACGCAAUUCUCCGGUAAAGGAAAACUUAUCCUCUCUUCAUAGAAGAAAAGCUGCUGUAAUGGCAUUGGAAAAACUACACAAUGAGGUAAUGCCAGAUGUCCUAUUGUAUCAAAAAGAGUGUAAAAGAAAGACGACUUUUGAUCCGUUUGGUGAUGUAAAAAACACGAGGAAAAAAUCCAAAGAAUUAUUUGUAGAUUGUGAGAAUGGGAAGGACAAUGCUGUAUCUCUUGGAAGGACGCCUAGGACUAAAUUUUCCGCUGCAAAUAAAAAUUCUCAAGAUUAUGAUAUUCGGAUUUUAGUAACAGGAUAUAAGGAUUGGAAUAAUCAAACAGAAAAGGCGCUACUUGCUUUAGGAAUAACUACUGUUCAAGAUCCUAAGGAUUGUACGCAUCUCAUUGCUUCUCGAAUCCAACGAACUCAAAAGUUUUUAUCUGCUCUUGCUUAUGCCCCAAAAAUAUUGUCUGUAGAUUGGAUUAGAAUGUGUAUUAAGGAAAAAAAGAUCAUAGACGAAAAUGCGUACUUUCUCAUUGAUCCCGAGUCCGAAAUGAAAUAUAAUUUCAAACUUGCAGAAUCUUUGAAAAAAGCGGGUGAAAAUAAGUGUUCUUUAUUUAAAGGAUAUUUAUUUCAAAUCUCACCUGGAGCGGUAUCAAAUUAUAAUAAUGGGAUAGAUACUGUAAAACAAAUUAUUGAAGCGAAUGGGGGUGUUUGUGUCUCUACUACAUCUCGAAGAAAUGAAAUAGAAUAUAAAGAUUUUUCGAUAGUAUUAAUAUCUAAUAGUUUAAAUGACAGAGCUUCAAAACAGUUUAUUGAAAAAAGGGAAGAGACUAACCAAGUACCUUUGAUUUACAAUAUGGAAUGGGUUUUGACAACAGUUUUGCGUCAAGAACUUAAAUUUACAGAUGAAAAUUGUCUCUUAAGAGAGUAG